CAACCCACAAGACGGUCAUUACCCUGCCUAGCAUAGCAGAGAGAAGUCAGCCAGUCGUGUCUCUACCCGAGGCCGGAUGGUAAAAUCCAACCUCCAGCGGAUCCUAAACAGUCAUUGCUUUGCUCGCGAGAAAGAAGGAAAACCUCAGCCCUGUACUACCAUGGCGAAUUUAAGUAGCGGUAUCUGUGACAUGAUUGAGAACUUGUCCCUGCACUGUAGUAGUACCCGCGGCCCAGGGCCUCUGUGGUGCUCCGAUGCCCCUCUCCCACCCCUGAAGAUCCCAGUUGCUAGUGUUUUUGUCUGCUUUUACAAGAACAGAGAUGAUCCUGCUAAACUGGUGCGUACCUUCAGUUUCCUGGGCUUUGAGAUUGUGAAACCGGGCCAUGCCCUCGUCCCUCCUCGACCUGACGUCUUCUUCAUGGCCCAUAAUUUCGACAGGGACUCCUCAGAUGAUGAGUAGUCCUCCAGACAUCUUCUUCACCACCUGCUAGUUUACAUGCUCCCCAUUAUCUUAAAGUUUCAGCUUUAUUUACAUCCAUAGCUGUUUUGUGUUGAAUCCGAAGCUGUAGCUUUCCUAUUAAAGCUCACCAUAAAUUUCUGAUCAAGGGAAAAGUUAGCAUUGUGUUUUUGUUUCAAGCAUAUAAAUAUAUGUAUGUUUAUAUUAAUCUGGUCUUAAAAAGAUACUUUUUUUUUUAUCCUUUUGCCAUUUUCAUAGCUAGUUGGCUAUAUUUACAAUAGACUUUAAUUUCUUGAAUGUACAAAAAGGUCAUCAGGUUUAUACUUGGAUACUCCAGUGUUGUUGGGAUUGGCUAAAUUGUUAAGUUUUCUAAAUAAUUCUCCCAAGACUGAAAUACUCCUCAAUGGGACCAGCUUUUUUUGUCACAGUAAUACCCUUUAUAUUGACUAAUUAGCCCCAAUAAUUGGUACUUUGUAGCCGAGUAGUGAAACACUUAAUUUUAGAUGUGCAUUUAAAUUGGCGAAAGCCAAUGCAUGUGUAUGAAAGUGAUUCAGUAUAAAAUCGAAGUGCUAGUGAGUGACAAAUGGUACUUGAUGAAACAAAACAAAUAAUCCAAAUAGCUUUUGACUUUUUUUUUUUUUUUUCCCAAGUUUGUCAGGCUAUAGUAGAGUAUUGUUUUAAGGUUGGAAGUAAAAUGCUGUGGUGUUUCUGGAUUAGGUUCUCCUCUGGCAUUAGCAUUCCUUUACUCUUUUGUUCAUGGUGGUAUUAUGUCCUGCAUAGUGGUACCUGUUGUGCUUCUGUGAUAAUAAAACCAAAAAAAAAAA